AUGCGCUUCGAAACCAGAACCGGAACAUUUGUGUUGGUCCUACGUAUUUUGGAAGAUACGUGGUUGGGCAAGCACCGGCAUCGAGGUAGCGUAUCGGCAGUGACCCUCAAAGGGCAAUGGAACUACAAAGAAUACGAUUGGGUUGCCAAACCGGGGGACUACGUGGUGGAGAAUCCGGGAACCAUUCAUACUCUACAUAUGACCAAAGGAACGAAGGUUGUUUUUACGAUCUCUGGCAGUCUGGAGUUUUUCCACGACGACGGUACUUUGAAGAAUACGAUGGACAUAUUUAGUUAUGCUCAUCUGUAUUACGAGCAUUGCAAGAAGCAGCGGCUCAAACCCAAUGAUGGUCUUUGGUACUAG